AUGGCCCACCAGGCUUGGCCUUUGCCACCAGCCCAGCCGGAUGGUGGCCACCUGGGCCUGCUCCUCCCUUGCUGCCCCAAGUGGGAUGGACUGGCCCUGGCCAGUGACAGCGGUGCCAUCCUGAUCCCGGAUGGCUCACUUCAUCUGGCCACCUGCCGGAGCUUCCCUUCCCGUGCUCAUGAGUACCGCUGCGGGUGGCCGGUGAGCCAGAGGGCCCGGAUAUGGCUGGCAACACGAUGGCACAGCCCUGAGUACGGCCAACCACCGGUGAGCACCGGCCAAGUGUGUUGGGGUGGCAGGCUGCAGGCCAGGGAACAGCCAUGGACCCCUCACUUCUGCAUCCUCGGGGUCACACUGCUGCCUGGUGGCAUCCUGCACAUCACCAGCGUAAGCCAGGCUGACGUGGGCACCUACCACUGCAUGGCACGCAAUGUGGCCAAUAGUCAGCACAGCCAGGAUGCCCAGCUGACCCUCAGUGUCUCUCAAGUCGCUGUUUCCAUCUCACAGUGGGAUCCCCACAGCUGCUCCAGGAUCCUGUCGGGACCUCGGAACCUAACGCUCACAGUGCACCAGACGGCAGUGCCGGAGUGCAUCGCUACUGGCCAUACAAGGCCACUUGUCUCCUGCAGCCGCCUGGGUGUGGAGGGCAUCCAAGUCCUGAGCACUGGGAACCUCAUGAUCUCUUCUGACAUGUCAGUCCAGCACUCAGGCAUCUAUGUCUAUGCUGCCAACCAGCCGGGCAUCCGUGCUUGGCACACAGCACAGGGAGUUCUGCCUGUGCAGGCUCCCCCCGAGUCUGUCCAGUGGCCACAGUCCUUGUCCAAACCUCCAGGCAGCAGUGCCAUCUGCACCUGCAUGGCCCAGGGUGUCCCCGAGCCCCAUCUGGUUUGGUUAAAGAAUGGGAAGGUGCUGAGUCCUGGGGAUAACAUUUGGCUGACCCACAACAGCAGCACACAGACACUGGCAGGGGUCUCAACCAAGGGCGAGGCCAUCUACCAAUGUGUGGCAGAGAAUACUGCGGGCUCCAACCAGGCUGGUACCCACCUCGUUGUGAUAGGGGACCCAGAGCCACCCCAGGGGCCUCAGGUAAUGACUCUCUCCACCUCUGCCAUGUGAGUGUCCUGGGAACCGCCCCCCUCCAACAUGGACAUCAUGGGCUAUGUGCUGCACCUUCAGCUGGUGGGAGGUGGAUAUGGGUGGGUGAACAGGGGUCCCGGGUUCCAGCCCACCUAUACCUGUGACUGGUGUGUCCCUUGGCAAAUUCUUCUCACUCCUCACAACCCCAGGCCUGCCUGAUUUUUUCCAGGCUGCUGGGGCUGUGGUCCUCUGGUGCUUCUUUGUGUUCCUUGGCCCUUUCUCCCUCAGCCUUUCUCAUCUUAACUCCAGCUCCUGCAGCCACUUCCCUGCUCUCCAGCCAGGCAACAGGAGGGGCUCCAUGCCCACUGAAUGGGGGAGGGGAUGUCUGUAGUGAGGAAGUGAGAUGCUGAGUUGCCAAGCUGCCCUGCUCCUAGAGCCAGCUGGCCCAGGGCUCCAAGAGGCUGUGGGCAAAGGCACCUUUGAGCAUAUCUUCUCCAACCUGGAACCUGCCAGUUUACUCCAUCCACCUGUGAGCCUACUCGGCGGAGAGCGCCAGCCAGGACUCUGCCUCUGUCCACACCUCCACUAUGGGCAGCAGUGAGUGACAGCCCCGCCGCCCAAGCCCUAAAGAGCCCCUGGCCUCAGGCAGACAGGGGUUGCCAAGCAGCUCAUCCCAUUUCCUCUGCAGUCACCUGAACUCUGGGCUUCUCCACCAAAGUGCUUAAUGCCACCUUGGCGCAGGCCUCCUGGGAGCUGCCACCCCUGCUGGGGACCCAGGGCUUCAAACUCUUUCACCACAAGCUGCUGGCCCUCCAUCUUGAGGGUCCCCUGCUCUCAGCUAGCAGUGUCAGCUCCUCCUUCCACACAGACCUGGGCGAGGCCCUGAACCUUCUUGUGCCCCGGGCCCCCCUCUCAGUGCGGUCUUGCCCCAGGCACUGAGUUUCCAUGCCCAGAAAGGCCUGCCCCCCUCACAAUCUCCUGCUCCCCGCAGAGCCCAGAGCCCUCUGUGAGAUCAAGCUCUAGUCUUUCAGCAGCAAUGAGGAUGGUGACUGCAGUGCUUGCUUUGCCUCUUUGCGUGAUGUGCCUCUGGCCACUGCUGGAGAGUGGGGUCCAGUCCCAGUCGGAGGGCAGUAGGCCUCGGGCCAGAGAAGGCCCCUUGUGUAAGACCAUAGCUGUCAGUUUUCAGGGAGGAGGAGGGGUGGGCUUUGGCUCCAUCCAGGUUCUCAGACAGACGGCGCUGUGUCUGUCAGAAGCAUCCAAAGCUGGAUGCUCAUGCAGCCAGGGCGAGAGCAGCUCACUGCUUGGGCUUGCAGAGGGCGUCACGUGGGCCCGGCUGCUCUCACUACCUCCUGGACCGGAAACACAGGUAAGGGCCAAGAUGGUUAAUUUGGAAAAUUGCUAGGAAGACAGCCUGCAUAAUUGUGGCUUACUGCCAAAGAGCAGAAAAGAGCCCUUCUGCACUACCUGUCCACUUCAUGACUGAGAAGACGUGCUGAAUGGGAGAACCAGUUUUCAGAGCUGCGAGGUACAGGAGUGAAAGGCCUGGUGGGCAGCAGGAAGCAGGGCAGACAGCACGGGGCUCCCAAGGCAGGGGACAGGUGGCAGAAGUGGGCCACAGCACUCCCUGUGCAGGGGCCCCGCCUCUCCAUCCUUGGAACAGAAUGAAGGGCAGGGGCUGAGCCAGAGGGAGGACCCCGACAUGUUAUGGCACUGACCCUUCCUAUCAGGACAGCCUCUUCUGCAGCCAGCGGUCCCGAGUGCUGGGCAGUGAGUGCCUCAUACUCCCCGAACAGAGCUGGGGGCUGCCGAGGCCAGACUCCAAGUGGAGAGAAGCCGGGGGAGAAGACACCCCCCAGGUGAAGGGAUUCAAAUGAGGGGAGUGGGUAGGGGAAAGUGGUGUGUCUGAGGCCCUGGGACCAAGAACCUGACCACCUCCUUCCUCUUCAGGUGACCAUGGAACAGCCAAUCUUAGCCUGCAGCCCUCCAAGUUCACUUUCUCCUAGAUGACACUAACUCCAGCCCCACCAAAGAAUCUACCUCACUGUCCCUGCCACCCAGUCAGUUAAGAACCAAAGGUCCUUCAGUCUUUCUCCACAGAGGGGUAGGCCUGACCACGGGGAGAGAGACAAGGGUGUGGUUUCUGUUCCUCCCUCCUCAAGGCAGGGGAGAACCUUUGUCCCCCCCUAUACAUCAAAUAACCUCAAACUAAACCAGCUGGAAGUUAUCCCAACCGCAUCACUCCUGCCUCAUAACCCCAUCCAGAAUAUCUUCUUGCUUCAAAUGUAUGAGCCUACCCAAAGACAUACAGGUUUAAGGGUUCCUCCCAAAGCGGGGAGGCAGGGCCAGGGGCUGUCAUUGCCUACAUUUCAGAACCAGAAUCCCUAGUCUGAGAUCUGUCUACUAGUGCCCAUGCUGAGGUAUGCCCUGGGGACGGGAAACCCCUUUCCUUGUGGUCUGAGUGGGCAGCGGGCAGUGGGAGUGCUGAGUUCCUCGCCUCCUUGUCCCAGCACCGUAAAAGGCCUGAACUUCUGAGCUCACGUAAGCUGCUUCUCUGCGCAAUCAAGUAUGCAUCUCUCCCUUUCUAGAUCCAAAAGCACUGGCCCCUUUUCGGGGGCAUCCCUUCCUACUCGGUUUCUAUUUUUGAAAGGAGGUAUUAAUUUGAACUGGAUUUUUGGUGGUCUUGAAUCCUGUGUGGAGUGAAUACAGAAGGCAUAAAGGAUCCCACCCAUCCAUUCCCCUCAAUUCCAGGUGUCCUAAGAAUGCCUCUCUCCCAUUCCGCCCUCUGCGAGCCCAUGGCACCCAGGACCCCACUCUCCCUCCCCAUCCCACUCUACCUUCCCCUAAAGCCAAAGUCCCGGGCUGUCCCUCAAACAGCCUCUCCCUCCGGGGCUGUCCAGUAUUGUGCCAAAAAGGUGAGGAGGGUCUUGGAGGAAGGAAAACCCAAGGUUUAGGGGACCCUAAACAUCAUCUCCCCUGUGCUCUUAUAAAGUGAUGCUAGUUCCAAUGGCGAGACUCCAGUAAGGCCCCCGCCACCUGAACUGCUCCUCCCUGUGAGAAGCAGCUUGUGGCAGGGGACCAGAGGUUAAGAACAGCCUCAAACUUCAAAUCCUUGGGGGAAAUGACGUCCUCUCCUCUGGGUGAGCCUGGUC